UGCACUUGGAAACUUUGGUUAGCCUUGUGUCAGUCUUGUAAUAAGAAUUGCAAGUAAUCCUAUCUAAAACUUGUAGGCUGACCGAUCAUCAAUAUGGAUGGUUGGCAGAGGUGCUUUUUGUUUUCAAUACUAUGGCUAAUCUUUACUCCAAUGGACGCUACUUUUGGGAGCCAUAAAGUAACUGCAGCAGCAAAUAAUGAGCCAGCUAGAGGAAGAAAGCUUGCCACUGAUAACCCUGGCUCCAUAAGCAUCGAUUGCGGGGUGAAUGAUGAUUAUGUGGAUGACAAUGUAGGAUUGCUUUACAAAUCAGACAGAGAUUUUAUAAGCACCGGGGAAAAUCAUGAUGCAGAACUCGGGUCCACUCAAUUCGAGGCCUUUACAGAACGGCUGUGUAAGAAUUUAAGAAGUUUCCCAACGGGAAGAAAAAAUUGCUACACUCUGCGACCUAAACAGGGAAAAAACCAUAAUUACUUCAUCAAAACUCUCUUUUGUUAUGGAAAUUAUGAUGGCAAGAAUCAGCCUCCAAAGUUUGAUUUGUAUAUAGGGGUUAACUAUUGGAUAACGGUGGAAGGUCUAGCUAGUUUUCUUUGGAGAACACACGAAUUGUUUCAUUUUUCUUCAACUGAUACUAUUCAUUUGUGUCUUGUGAACACAAACGUUGGCGUACCUUUCAUUUCAGCAUUGGAAUUACACCCUGUGAAUGAUUCCAUUUAUAGAAGUGAGUUUGGAUCAUUAAUGGUUGCUCGAAGAUCUCAACUGAGCUAUCCUACCGACUUGAAUUUCAGGUACAAGGAUGAUGUCUUUCAGCGCAUCUGGAGAACUUAUGGUUUAGCAAAUACGACUUGGGUCAAUGCCACAUCAGAUAUACAAGUCCAGGAAAUUGAUGAUUCAUAUAAACUACCCAUUGAAGUUUUAAAAACUGCAGCCCAGCCCCAGAAAGGCCUUCACUCAUUGAGAUACAACAUUAGCUUUAUCUGUUCCCCAUCAUGUGAUUUUUAUGUCUACUUUCACUUUGCUGAAAUUGUAGAGAUUCCACAAGAUCAACGAAGAGAAUUUACAAUUACUCUGAACAUGUCACAAAUUAACAUUCUGAAAAAGCAGUUGAGUAAUGAGAAGGAUUUGGGUGCUGCAAAGAAGAUAUUAGGAAUAGAAAUUACCAGAAAAAAAAGUAUUAGGAAGCUUUUCUUGUCUAAGCAGGCCUAUAUUGAGAAAGUGCUUAAGCGUUUCAACAUGAAUAAUGCUAAGCCUGUGGUUGUUCCGUUUGCUGCCCAUUUCAAGUUAUUUGCAAACAUGUCACUAAAAACAUAUGAGGAGAUGGAGCAUAUGUCUAGCGUUCCUUAUUAG